AUGAAAAGUAAAUUCAAAAACUCAUAUACACCUCAAGAAGAAGACACUUACAUGUCUCAAGAUUCCCCUCCUUCUUCCACCACAUUAAACAUCGAUGGCUCAGUCACUUCCAUCUCUUCAACAUCUAAGAAAAGCAGAAGAGCCAUAAACAAAAGGGUAGUGCAAAUCCCAAUCAAGGAACCUCAAGGAUCAAGGCUUAAAGGAGAGAGUAAUACUCCACCGUCCGAUUCAUGGGCAUGGAGAAAGUACGGCCAGAAACCCAUCAAAGGUUCCCCUUAUCCAAGAGCGUACUACAGGUGUAGCAGUUGCAAAGGUUGUCCAGCAAGGAAACAAGUGGAGAGAAGCCGCGUGGACCCCACAAUGCUCGUCAUAACCUACUCGUCAGACCACAACCACCCAUGGCCGGUUUCACGAAACACAACAAGACUCGCCGUGAAGAAAACCGAACCAGACCCGGUCGAACCGGAAGAGAAAUUUACCGGUAACUUGGUUGGAGACGAGUUGGGGUGGUUAGGAGAGAUGGAUACGACAUCGUCAGCUCUUCUGGAGAGUUCUAUCAUGGCGGAAUUCGAUGCUGACGUGGGGUCCUUAAUGUUGCCGAUGGGGGAAGAAGAUGAGUUACUUUUCGCUGAUCUUGGAGAGUUGCCGGAGUGUUCAACGGUGUUCCGGCGUGGGUUGUUGGAUGGACGGCGGCGGUUAACGGCUCCGUAG